GCAGCGGAGUGCUGCUUUUCAGGCUGUGCUGUCACAGACUGAGCAGUCGCUGAAGCGAACGGUUGCUGCAUUGCUGCUGCUUGUAUUUUUUUCCCCUCCCUCUGUUUCUGCUCUCCUCUGCUUGAUAAAGCAAGGUCUUUCCUGCUGUCAUCCAGAAGCGUUCAGUUGGCGAGGAGCUGCUAACUGUAGGAUCUUUUUGGUAAUUGCUGACUUCCACACUGAACUGGGAAUAAGUGGACCGGAUCACUCACACCACCACCAGGCAUCUGGAAAUUUGUGAAUUGAGAUAUUUUUUUUUAUUUUGCUUGCUGGGAUUUAUGGGACAUGUCUACCUGAAUGCGUGCUCUAAAAGAAAACAGACAUUUGUGCGCUGCAUACAUGAGCUGAAGCUGCACGGUAACGUGAAACAGGUGGGAAUUGGGGAGGUUUAAGCCCUGCACUGUUGGCAUAUGUAGCUCCCCUUUUGGCUGAGUUCCAGCAGGAGCGGAUCCAGAUGCUGACAAAUUGGAGCAACAGUUUUAAUGUUAGAUUUUGUUUUUUUGAUCUGCAACGGCCCGAUCAAAAGUUAGUCAGAGGGGAUUCUUACCGACAGCUGGCUGAGUAGCAGGGGAGGAGCGUGCACUGGUCAUUAGGUGGACGGAAGGAGAAGAUGCCAGCCAUCCUGGUGGCCUCAAAGAUGAAGUCAGGACUCCCCAAACCCAAACCUGUUCACAGUGCACUGCCCAUUCCACAGACCACCAGCAGGCCUUCAGCUUUAGCUCUGCCUUCUGCACCUCUGAAGAGCCACAUCCCCUCUUUGGGCCAGCAGGUGUCCUCAAGACCCCCAAGACAUGCUGCAGAGUCUGAGGCUGGUGAAAACCCACAGAUCUACACAGACUGGGCCAACCACUAUCUUGCCAAGUCAGGACACAAGCGUCUCAUCAAGGACCUCCAAACAGACGUCACAGAUGGAGUGCUGCUGGCAGAGAUCAUCCAGGUUGUUGCCAAUGAGAAGAUUGAUGAUAUCAAUGGCUGCCCCAAGAGUCGUUCUCAGAUGAUUGAGAACAUAGACGCCUGUCUCAGUUUCCUGGCAGCUAAAGGAGUCAACAUCCAGGGUCUGUCUGCAGAAGAGAUUCGGAAUGGGAAUCUGAAAGCCAUCCUCGGCCUCUUCUUCAGCUUGUCCCGCUACAAACAGCAGCAGCAGCAGCAGGCUCARCGACAGAACACCCAGCCUGCUCUCCCCGCGGCGGCACAGUGCCAGAACUCCCACCCUCCCCUGAGCCAGCAGAGCAGCGCUCCGGCACAGCUCGGCCACUCUCCGCAUGGGACGCCGCAGAAAGCAGCUCAGGCAGAGAUGCAGUCCAGGGAUGGUUGUCAGAGUAAACUUCUCAAGUUUUCCAUUGGUCAGAAAAAAAGCUCUAGACUACCUGGCCCAACAACCAGAGUGUCCACCGCUGGCAGUGACAUCCCCCCCAGAGGCUCUGUCAGUGCUGCCGGGAACAGACGCAGUCAGGGCUGCAGCGACAAGACCAAAGCCAGCAUGCAGCUGAGCAAAGAUCCCUCUGAGGGCAUGACCUCACAGUCCUUGGUGAUGACAGAGCAUGCUGCRUCGUCUGCAGUGACGGUCAGCUCCUCUACCAGCAUCCCAGCUGCUGCCUCCACCCUGGUUCCUCCAUCCUCCACUUCAACUGCCAUUCCCCAGCCCAACAGCAGCAGCAAGCCCUGGAGGAGCAAGUCAACAAGCUCCAAGCACCCCGCCUCUCAGUCCCUGUCCUCCACCAGCACAAAUCCAUCUGCCAUGCAGUCCAGCAAGCAGGAGAAGGACACCUCCUCAAAGGUAGCAGCUGAGCCACCUCCCAAAGUGGCCGCCCAGAAGUCAAUGCUGGAGAAACUCAAGCUUUUCAACAGUAAAGGAGGAUCCAAAUCUUCUGCCAGCACCUCUUCAUCGAACGGAGGAGGGUCCCAGCCUGAGAAUGCUGCCCCAUCCAGGCCAGUUGGGGUAGGACARGUGGAAAGGUCUGAAACUGGCUCCAACACAGACCCCAUAGAUGAAGAUGAUGGCAACCUCCGACCUGGACUGAAUGGAACCAGCAACGCUGCACCUUCCACUACUGUUUCUACAACUGCCAGCAGCCCCAAAAUUGCUCUUCGGGGCAUUGCCCAGCGCACUUUCAGCAGAGCUUUGACUGCCAAGAAGGGUUCUGUGAAGGGCCCUGAAAAGGAGAAGGGGAAGGAGAAAGAGAAGGAGAAAGGGAAGGAGGUGGGAAAGCGUGUCCCUGAUAGAAUUGAGAUGAGGGGUGAGGAGCCRAAAGAGGAAAUAACACCCAUUACUGUAGAGGCUGAUGGGUCAAACAAACGGAACUCUAAAAUUGCUAGUUUCAUUCCUAAGGGAGGGAAAGUGGCCAAAAAGGAGAGUUCUACCCCUGCACACAGCGGAAUACCAAAGCCAGGAGGGAAAGCCCCAGGAGUUGGGGUCAAAGCCUCCUCCGUAAAAGAGGUGGGGGAGAGGCCUCGAAGCAUGCGGUUAGGAGGGGGUCUCAUCCUGCACCGUGGCCCCCUGGACAGAGACAGGGACAGCAGACACUCCAGCUCUACCUCCAGCUUGGCCUCCACAGAGGGAAAGCCCAGUGCCGCCCCAGUGGCAGGUGGAGGCACUACACAAAGCACAGCCAGCAACACAGUCAGUGUGCAGCUACCUCAGACUCAACAACACCACAGCCACCCCAACACAGCCACUGUAGCACCUUUCAUGUACCGGUCCCAAACAGACGGCGAGGUGAACACAGAGGACGGUCCAGGGGGAAGAGGUGGAGACGUUUCCUGCACCAAGACCAGCCAUACCUCCAUUGAGGAUCUUUCAGGUGAAGACCCAGAGACGAGACGCCUGCGUACGGUCAAAAACAUUGCAGACCUGCGGCAAAACUUGGAGGAGACGAUGUCGAGCCUGCGAGGAACUCAGGUCACGCACAGCACCUUAGAAACGACAUUCGAUGGCAGCGUCACCACAGAUGUCAACAAUGGCGGUGGGAGUGGGUGUGGCCCCACCAACACCAGCGGAGGUGGUCGAAGUAUCCUCAGCCUCACUUCUGCCCGCUCCUCUUUGUCGCCGUGGCGGCUGGGCCAGUCCAGCCCUCGUCUGCAGGCGGGCGACGCCCCCUCCGUGGGGAACGGCUACGGCAGCCGGGUGGUUGGGGGACACGGGGGACGCUACCUGUAUCCUGGGCACCUGCGGCGACAGCUGGCCGGCAGGGGAGGAGCUCUGUGCAGCGUGGACCUCGGGGACAGAGCUGGGGAGGAAAUGGAGCUGGACGGGAACGCCGUGGAGGUCACCGGGUACAUGAGUGACGGAGACGUGCUGAGCAAGAAUGUGGAGCGAAAUGACGACGUCACCAGCGGCUACAUGACUGACGGAGGUUUGGGGCUUUACACUCGUCGCCUGAACCGACUGCCUGACAGCAUGGCUGCCGUCCGAGAGACGCUCCAUCGGAAUACGUCGUCAGGACAAGGAGACGGAGACAGGUAGGACUAUAAAAUCUUAUUUUUCCUCCUGACAC